AUGCCUCCGGCGACACAGCCGUCAGACCAGCCGCCUUUGCCUCCUCCUGCACAGCCUCCAACUGAGAGUCGGAAUCUUGAGGAGUCCGAGGAAAAGUGCCUUGUUGCAGAACUCAAGAGUCUGCGGCAACAGCGAGACGACGCACAAGCUGCAGAGAAGGCGGCACAGAACAAUGCAGAGCAACUGGAGAGGGAAGCUGCAAAGGCUGCAGAGGCCGCCGCCCGGGAAGAGGGAGAGCGAAGACGCACGGAAAGUGAAAAGGCGAAAGAGUUUGCAAAGAGGGUAGAGGAACAGCAAAAACGGCGCGAAGCCGCCGAAAAUGCCGAGAAGGAUGCGAGGGCUCAGCAAGAGCAGCAACAGGUGGCAGCCGCCAAAGCUGCGGAGCAUGCUGCCGAGGCUGAGGAAAAACGGCAGAAGGAUGUUGCAGAAAAGGCUGCAGAACUUGCCGCUAUCGUUGACGACCUGCGACGAAAGCGCGAAGCUGCGCAGGCUGAGGAGGAAGCUGCAAAGGUGCAGGAGAAGGAAUGGCAGCGACAAGCCGCAGAGGAUGCAAAGUCUGCCGCGAGGGAAGAAAAAGACCGGAAGAAGAGGGAGGCAGCGGAUGCUGCAAAGGCUUCUGCCAAAGUAGACGGCGAGCGAAAGAAGCGGGAAGCUGCAGAGCUUCAAGAGCAUGCUGUGAAGGCUGAGGAGGAGGGAUGGAAGCGGCAAGCUGCAGAGGAUGCGGAGAAGGCUGCGAGAAAGGAGGAAGAUCGAAGAAAGAAGGCAGCGGAAGAAGCCAAGCAGGCAGCCGUGACAAUUGAGGAAUGCCGUAAGCGGCGAGAGGCCGCAGAACAUGCCUUGGCCAAUGCAAGGGAGCAGGAACAGCAAAGCAAGCUCGAAGCCGCAAAGGCAGCCGAACAAGCCGCAAAGUUCAACAAGGAGCAAAAGGAGCGGGAAGCCACUCAGGCUGCGAAGUUCGCUGCAAAGGACAGAGAGCAACGGUUGAAACAGGAAGCUGCAGAUGCUAAGGAGGCUGCUGCAAAGGUGGGCGAAGAGCAAAAGAACCGGCAAGCUGUAGAAGAUCGAUGGGAGUUUGCCAAAAGUGCCCGAGAAGAGCGCAAGGAGGAUGCCGAGCCACCAGAGGAAGCGGUUGACGAUUGCUGCCAAAGGAUCGAAGGAGUCGUGAAAAAGGCUUUGGAGGACGGCUUGGAAGAGCAUUCUAUGAAGGCUCGGAAAGUAGAUCAGGAUAUCGAGGUUUAG